CAGAGAGGGGAGCUGUGUGAGUUUAACCAGCCUCAGCUCAGUCCUCAGGUCAGGACCUCCAAUUCGCGUGAGAGCACCGAGUCACAGUGCAGAUUUACACAAGUGAGAGGACACACACACACACACACACACACACACACAUCCAGACUUAAACUCGUGUGUGAAGCUGGAACAAACACCAGCACCGUUUCCCACGGAGUAAUCUCCAGGGCGGGGGUUGGGUGCAUUUCUACGCACACCCUUCCUAAGCAGUAUCCUGAGCUUUAACUCCACUUUAAAAACACAGUGAAGGCGAGAGGAGCCUUACCACCACAAUGCCGAGCAAAAGCCAGUCUUUACGCCCCCGGUUGUGCACGCUGGACAAGGCGGACACCGGGUACGGUUUCCACCUCCACGGAGAGAAAGGUAAGACGGGGCAGUUUAUCCGGUUAGUGGAGCCUGACAGCCCGGCUGAGACCUCGGGGCUCCGCGCGGGAGAUAGGCUCGUGUUCGUGAACGGGGACGACGUGGAGCACGAGAGUCACCAGCAGGUCGUGUCCCGGAUUCGAGUCACCGCGGGCCGGCUGGAGCUGGUGGUGGUGGACCCGGACACGGAGCAGCUGCUGAAGAAACACAACAUGAAGUGCCUGAAGGAGUAUGUCACUGACGGGGUGCCCUUACCCUUCGACGAGGAGGAAGAAGAGGAGGGAGAGGAGGUGGUGGUGGUGGUGGUUGAAGCAGAGGAGUUGGACGGGACAGUAAACGGGGAUGAGAGGCAUGCAAAGGAGGGUGAAGAAGACGAGGAAGAGGACCGGGAGGGGACACCCAGGGAGUCCACGCCAGUCCCGGAGAGAAACGGGGAAAUCCACAUGCACGUCGAGAAAAAGCUGAGCAUCAACUCUGAGAAGGAGGUGAUGAGCUCUGAACUGCGGCCUCGUCUCUGUGUGAUCCAGAGAGGGGCGAGCGGGUAUGGCUUCAACCUGCACAGCGAGCGGGCGCGGCCGGGCCAGUACAUCCGAGCGGUGGACGAAGACUCUCCAGCAGAGAGGGCGGGCCUGCUGCCCAAAGACAGGAUAAUACAGGUGAACGGUGUGUCGGUAGAAGGGAAGACGCACUCGGAUGUGGUGUCCGCCAUUAAAGCCGGUGGGAACGUGGCCCGUCUGCUGGUGGUGGACGCAGACACAGAAGCCUUCUUCAAAAAGUGCAGAGUCGCCCCUUCCACGGACUAUCUCACCGGUCCCCUGCCUGAGCCUGUCCUUAAUGGGAAAAUGGAGGAGAAGGUGAAUGGUAGAGGGGCCAAAGAGGCACAGAGGGACUCAAAGAUGUCAAUCAGUCCUUCUCCGUCCAACGCUUCCUCCAACACCUCGCUCACAACCCCACCCGCCAAAACCACACCUGAGGGUUUUGUUGCGGGCGCCAUCCCGGCGCUCAACCUGUCCCUGCAGCAGGUCAAAGAGCUCGCCCACCAGAAACGCUCCAACAAGAAAGCCCCCCCCAUGGACUGGACCAAGAAAAAUGAACUCUUCAGCAACCUAUAGGCCGCCUCAGCUCUGCACACACAUAUUUUAUACAGUUGUUCUUACACAGAGACAUCAGAAAGAAUUUUUUUUUUUAAAUAUCAUGACAUUAAAUGAGCAUUUUAACUAUUGGCAUCAGACAAAUCAAGCCGUUCUGUAAAAUAUAGUAUUCUUCCUCUUAUUAUUACUCUAUGUUAUUUUAACCCAGAUAUAUUAUGUGUAUAAUGUGCUACUAACAAUGAAAGAUGUAUAUGCCAAUGAAGGAGAACUGGACCAUGUUGAAAAUGUGUGUUUGUUUGUGUGCGUGUGUGUGGACCCUGACAGUCACUGCUGGUCAGAGUCUGGUGCCUGUGGAAGUUUAAUGACCUUCCUCCUCCGUCUGCUUAUCUGUCUUUAAAAAGUUUUUACUAACAUUUUAAACACUAUAAUAACAGGAAUUAAACCAGCCAGACAAUCAAUUGACCACAUAUCUGUAGUUGACCUUUUUUAUUUUUGUUUGUAGGGAUUAACAUCUGACUGAACAGCAAUUUAUUUACAGUUUACAUGGUAAGCUUCUUUUUUUUAUCACCAUUGCUUGUUAUAACAAGAUCCUGAAAAUGAUUCCCUGAUGGCUUUAAACUGGAAAGACCGUUGCUUCAAAAUGGGCUCUCUUAUAUUGUAUGUAUGUAUAUAUAAAUACAUAUAUAUCGUCUUAACGUAAUUCCACUGUUUUAACCGUUUCUUGCUACUGUGCAUGAUUUCAUCUUAUGACUUCUUGAUAUCACCUUUUAUUAAAUGUGAACUACAGUUUAUUUUAAAUAACUUAUAUCGUCCUCACUUUGCCCUUAUGUCCGCUGUGAUUGGCCGUUCAGUUCACAUUUUGAGCAUAUGGGAUAUUUGUAUCGCUUGCUUGAGAAAUUAGAUUUUUACACAUUUCUAUCAAUGCCUUGUAAGAAAAAUAAUUAUGUAACUUUGAGAUGAUGUAUUUCUAAAAGACUGUCCGUUCGUCACUAGAUUUUAUGCAUUUGUGCAGUAUUGAGAAUAGUGAUGAUUUUUCCAAAUGAAGGAUUUCAUUAUAUGAAGAUGUUUUUUUGUAGUUUAUGUAAGAAGUAAGCCAUUUCUAUACUGUAAUAAAUCAUCACACAAAACAAGA